GGGGCAGCGGUGGUUCGGAAUUUUUGUUAAAUUUUGCUAAAUUAAAUGUGCGCACACGUAUAUACAUUGACGCAUAGAACACGUAUAUCUACCACCCACAAAGCGCGUCUCGGUGCGUUCAAGGGCUACGUAGUUGCCUUUCCUAGUGUAACACACGGGAAAAAAUAGGCGCUGAAAAUAAAAUCGCUAGGCACACACAUCGAAAUUUCAAGUCAUACCAUCUACACGUAUACAAAUGCGCGAAAAGUGAAAAGCGCGUGCGGAAAGUUUCACGAAAUCUCCUGAAGUGUUAUCAUCCCACCCUUACGCUCACACAGCACACAAAGCCCCACACCACCACCCCACCACCCGCCGCACUCAAUAUAAAGUAAAAAUGCCGCUACUUGCCUACAAGGAAAGUCACAUUCUCAGCGCCCAGCAGCUGCGAAAGCUCAGCGAACACAAAUACUCAUGCUUCAGCGCCAGCUUAUUGGAUCCUUUGCUGCAGCCCUGGUGGAACUGGCUGGUGUCCCAAACGCCACUUUGGCUGGCGCCUAAUCUGAUUACGAUUGUCGGUCUCAUCCUGAACAUUGUGACGACAUUGAUAUUAAUUUGCUACAGUCCAAAUGGCGUUGAAGCCCCGCCUCGUUGGACCUGUGCGCUAUGCGCCCUUGGACUGUUCGUCUACCAGAGCCUGGACUCGAUUGAUGGCAAACAGGCGCGUCGCACGAACACAUCAUCGCCGCUGGGGGAGCUGUUUGAUCAUGGCUGUGACUCCAUAUCGACUGUGUUCGUAGCCCUCUCGGCCUGCAUCUCCUGCCAACUGGGACACUAUCCCAAUUGGCUUUUCUUUCAGUGCUUCUGUGCGAUUGCAUUGUUCUACUGCGCCCACUGGCAGACUUAUGUGUCUGGAACGAUGCGCUUCGGACGCAUCGACGUGACGGAGGCACAGUUCUCGAUUAUAGCCAUACAUCUGGUGUCGGCGGUACUGGGUCCUGAGUUCUGGCUCACCAAGAUACCAAUCGUGGGCGUUUCAUGGAAUUACACAAUAUUAGUAUUUAUCACAUUCGGUUAUACCUUGAAUAUAAUCAAUUUCUUAAAAAUGUUUACUCAAGGCGGCAGUGGCAAAAACGGCUCUUCAGUUGCUGGCACCAGUGUGCUGUCCCCCAGCAUACCCCUUACGCUGGUGGUGCUGCCAGCUCUGAUUAUUGCCCAGAAGUCGCCGGAGAACUUAUUCACCGAGCACGCAUCGGUGUACAUAAUGGCCUUUGGCAUGGUGGCAGCUAAAAUAACCAACAAACUGGUGAUCGCACACAUGACCAAGGCGGAGAUGGAGUAUCUGGACUGGUCGUUGCUCGGUCCGGCGCUGCUGUUCCUCAAUCAAUACUUCAACUGCAUUGUGCCGGAGAUCUGGCUGCUCUGGUUCACGCUCAUCUGGGGAACUCAGGAUCUGCUGCGCUACUGUUCGCAGGUGUGCCUGGAGAUCUGCCAGCAUCUGCGGAUUAAUCUCUUCAGGAUACCCUACAACCCCAAGGGAGGGGCACCGCAUCCGGCCACCGCUUCGGUCAGCAGUCAAAGCAGCUUUGGCAGCAGCGUCGACAAAAAUGGCGGCACUUCGCAUCGAAAGUCCAAGAGCAAACCUCAUUAAGCGCCCCAAAUACUGGUCGAAGAAGGGCCUGCAACCGAAGCCGAAGCCGAACCCGAAACGGACAAGGUUUCCUAUUAAAUUAAUUAGUUUCCUUUUAUAAUUUAACGUCGUUAGAGUUGGCUGAUAGCGGAUCGGAAAGAAAGGAAGAGGCAAGGAUAGAGAGAGAGUAAUACAAACCGUUAACGCAGCCCAACAAAAUUUACCGUCAGUGUUUAAAGAGAAAGAAACCAAACAGUAAGGAACGAUGUAGCAAAAAGGCAAAGCAAAAUGUUGCUCUUAAGUUUUAAGAAAUCGUUUACAACCCAUUGUUGUAGCAAAUGAGAGUAGGAGAAGGAGGUAUCAAUUAUAUAUGGCUAUGGCUAAAUACAUAUAUAUUUUGUAUAAUUGUGUAAGUUGUAAUACAUCUAUAUACAUAGAUUCUUGAUGGCAGUAUUUUUACUGUUGUGCAAAAGACGAAUGCCAAAAAGAAAAGUAGUAAGAACAAAGUAGGAGAACUAGAACCAACCCAAACCCCAAUCCAACACACAUAUUUGGCAAGGCAAAAGCUCAAUUUACGUUUAAGUCCCCAAUAAAUUAAUUGGCAAAGGCA